AUGUUCAUCGGGGGUCUGAGUUGGCAGACAACACAAGAGGGCUUGAAGGAGUACUUCUGUAAAUUUGGCGAGGUGAAGGAGUGCAUGGUGAUGCGGGAUCCCGUUACCAAGCGGUCGAGGGGUUUCGGAUUUGUAACAUACGCGGAACAAGCCGGCGUGGAGAAGGUUUUGGCGCAAAACAGACACGAGUUGGAUUCAAAAACGAUCGACCCGAAGGUGGCGUUUCCCCGCCGGGCUCAACCGAAGCUGGUGACCAGAACAAAGAAGAUCUUUGUCGGAGGACUGUCAGUCAAUACCACCAUCGAAGAUGUGAAGCAAUACUUCGACCAGUUUGGAAAGGUCGAUGAUGCCAUGCUUAUGUUUGACAAAACAACCAACAGACACAGAGGUUUUGGAUUUGUUACCUUUGAGAAUGAAGAUGUGGUGGAGAAAGUGUGCGAGAUCCACUUCCAUGAGAUCAACAAUAAAAUGGUUGAGUGUAAGAAAGCUCAGCCCAAGGAGGUGAUGACGCCGACAGGCUCAGCCAGAGGCCGUUCCAGAGUGAUGCCCUACGGGAUGGACGCCUUCAUGCUGGGCAUCGGCAUGUUAGGCUACCCAGGUUUCCAGACUACUACCUACACCAGCCGCAGUUACUCUGGCAUUGCGCCCGGAUACACUUACCAGUUCCCAGAAUUCCAUUUAGAGAGGACCCCCCUCCUGACAUCAUCCCAUCCCCCCGAGCUGGCAGCCAUUCCCCUGACUGCAUAUGGACCAAUGGCAGCAGCUGCAGCAGCAGCAGCAGUAGUUAGAGGCUCCACCCCUUCACGCACAGCUGGCUUCCUGGGCACGAGCAGCCCUGGACCAAUGGCUGACCUGUAUGCUGCAGCCAAUCAGGACUCAGGAGUCAGCAGCUACAUCAGUGCCGCGAGCCCAGCCCCCAGCACAGGGUUCGGCCACGGUCUCGGGGGUCCUCUGAUUGCUACUGCGUUCACUAAUGGCUACCACUGAGAAGACUCAGGUCACAGAAGAUGGGAGGGUUUCUCCUCUGCUGAUGAGCCAAUCACAAUGCUGGCUGCCCAUUGAUGGCACAACCUGAUUGGCUGGCCACAGGCUCUACCAGGCUCUCCUGGCUCCAUGUGGCUCACCCACCGACUGAAUAUCUUUUUAAAUCCAGAACUCUUGUUUUGCUGUACUAAUUCACUUCAACAUAACGUCCCUGUUUCUCCUCUUUUGUCCUCAUGUAGUGUAAGAACUAGAUUACCCCCUCAGUUAUCCGUUUUUUGUUUUUUUUUCUGAAGCUGAGAAAAGAAAAACUGCAAAAAAAAAUCUCUGAGGAAACGUUUGUCAC